AUGUUUAGCAAGUUGAAGGGCCUCCUUAGUGGCCCACAGGUGCCAGAUGCUUCUAAAACCACCACAGGAGCUCCUGGCCCGGCUCCAGAACCAGCUCCGAAACCUGCUCCGACUCCAGCACCAGAAAAGGAGGAGAAGCCAGCCGAUAAGGAGAAUGAAAAGAAGAAGAAAGAGGACAAACCACAGGAAUCAACUCCGGCCCCAGCCCCUGCCUCUGCCCCUGCCCCGGCUCCUGCCCCUGCUCCUGCCCCAGCUCCAGCUCCAGCUCCAGCUCCAGCUCCAGGUCCAGCCCCUACAGCAGCCCCAGCUAACCCUGAUCAAGCUGGACCUGAGGGACAGGAGGACCCUCCUCCUCCACCUCCACCCAUAGUCAUCAACAAGUACUCAGAUGAGCAGCUCAGAUCUAUAGUCAAACUGAUGAGAGAAAGACUGGUGAUCUACGUGGAGAAAGUGAAUGAUCAAUAUGCUUCAUCCCCAGAAAUCACCCCUCCUGUCACACCAUUGCUGGGCAAAGACCACUAUGCACAAGUCAUCGAGGAGAGGAAAAGGCAAGCAGAGGAGGAUCGGAUAAAGAAGGAGGAGGCUGAUAAGAAGAAGAAAGAGGAGCAGGAGAAGAAAAAGAAGGAGGCAGAGGAGAAGAAGAAGGAGGAUGAGGAGAAAAAGAAAGCAGAGGCUUUGGAGAAGGUAGAGACAGAGGAGGAAAAGAAGGCCAGGCUUAUUGCCACUCUCUGGUCUUGUGUAGACUUUGUGCUGAACCCAAUAGAGGACAUAAUGGACUCUGUGCUGGGGAACACCAUCGACCCUUUCACAGACCGCCGCUACAUCGCCUGGAUGAGCAUUGUGACUAUUGCCUUCAACUACAACGUCUGGUUCAUCACAGCCCGCAUGUGUUUCCCGUACCACACUGAGACCGCCAUCCCCUACUGGUUCGCAGCGGACUUGGUGGCUGACCUCAUCUACCUAAUAGACAGCAUCUUCUUCCAGCCCCGAAAACAGUUUGUCAAAGGAGGAGACAUCAUAAAAAAUAGACAGAUGACCAAGAUGAACUACAGACAAUCAGAGAGAUUUCUGGCAGAGAUGUUGUGCCUCAUACCUUUCGACUUGCUGUAUUUACAGUUUGGAUUCAAAUCCAUUUUCAGAGCCAAUCGUCUGCUGAAGGCAGAGUCGUUUUUCGAGUUCAGCGACCGUCUAGAAAGCAUCAUGGCCAAGGCUUACAUCUGGAGAGUGAUUCGCACCAUCGGCUAUCUUCUCUUCAUGCUCCACAUCAAUGCCUGCUUUUACUACGUGGCUUCAGCAUACCAGGGCAUCGGCGGAACUAAAUGGGUUUACUCUGGCCUGGGCAGCGCGUACCUGCGAUGUUACUACUAUGCUGUCCGCAGUCUGAUCAACAUCGGGGGUCUUAACGAACCCCACACCGUCUUUGAGAUUACCUUUCAGCUGACUAACUUUUUCGUGGGCGUCUUUGUGUUCUCCAGUUUGAUUGGACAGAUGAGAGAUGUCAUUGGUGCAGCUACAACAGGGCAGACCUACUUCCGAUCCUCCAUGGACAACACUGUGGCCUACAUGGUGACCAACCACAUCCCCAUUACGGUGCAGAACAGAAUCCGAACUUGGUACACCUACACCUGGGACGCUCAGGGCAUGCUGGAUGAGGGUGAACUGCUGGAUAAGAUGCCUUUGGUGAUGAGAACUGCAAUCGCUGUAGACAUCAACCUGUCAACUUUUCAGAAGAUUGAACUUUUCAAGGGCUGUGACCAGCAGAUGUUGGUUGAUAUGUUACUGAGGCUUAAGUCUAUCGUCUAUCUACCAGGAGAUUUUGUCGUAAAGAAAGGUGACAUCGGUAAAGAGAUGUACAUCAUUAAGGCUGGAGCUGUGCAGGUUGUGGGAGGACCUGACAACAGUAUUGUGUUUGUCACCCUGAAGGCUGGCUGUGUGUUUGGAGAAAUCAGUCUGUUGCAAUCAUCCAAAGAUGGAGGAAACAGGCGUACAGCUAACGUCAAAGCUCACGGCUUCGCUAACCUCUUUGUCCUGGAGAAAAAAGACCUGUUUGAUAUUCUCGUCCACUACCCAGCAUCUCAGAAAGUGCUGGCCAGGAAGGGAAAGAAACUAAUGAAGGCCAAGGGACCAGCAGCAGCUAAAAAUGAGCAGGAAAAGAAGAAAGGACUUGCACUGUUCGGACCCAAACCUCCAACACCCAAAUUGCUCCGUGCUUUCGGUGGAGGUUUUAACCAAAAAAUGAUGGACAAAUUGAAGACUGCUGCUUCUGGCUAG